AUGAUGAUCGAUAGUCUGAGUGGUGAGAUAAUUCAGAUGUGGCGACAUGGUGAUCGAUCACCGACGAAAACUUUUAAAAAUGAUCCAAUUCAAGAGGCAAACUGGACAUUUGGUGGUGGCGGAUUCGGGCAGUUGUCACCACUUGGAAUGCAUCAGAUGUUGAGGUUGGGAAAACUAAUACGAGAAACUUAUAUUGACACCAAAUUCUUAUCCAAUCGGUAUUCGUCAAAAGAAGUCUGUGCUCUUUUGAAAAAUAUAUACAUUCGUUCAACCGACACCAACAGGACUAUCAUAUCUGCACUAAGCAAUAUAAUGGGAAUGUACGGUACGAAUGCAGACCACGUCCCUGGUAGGGACUAUCCAGAUGAUACCAGUUGGCCUAGUGGAUAUGUUCCAAUACCUGUGCAUACAAUCUUUAAGCCUACUGAUUAUGUAUGUUUUAACAUUAUUCUUUUUUAAAU